AAAUCUCUCAAGCUGUUACAGGGAGAGUCAGACAAGCUUACAGCAUUUUAAGAAAUUGGUGAUAAAAAGGCUUUAAUAUAUGGAAAAAGCUACACAGAGUCCAUGUAAACCUUAAGAAAUCUUUAAGAAAUGUUUUGAUAUCUUGUCCAGUCAUAAACUGGAAUCCAGAGGACGAUAUCGCCAUUAAAGAUCUCGGGUUCAACUGAUUUGCCAUUUUUCUGGUUGUAAACUAACCUAACAGAUGAUUCAGGUUCAUUUAACCAGCUAUAGUUCCCAUUGAUGUGGCUUUUAUGUCUCUAUGCGUCAUGCUUACCUUACAUUUUCUUUGUAAUAUAAAUACCAGCUGGAGUUUGGCAUAAAUGCAGACGCUCAGAGGUUUCUCUCCAAGAGCGGCGAAACGCUGACGGAAGCCAUCAACGCCUUCACAUCUGACAUGAACACACUGGUCAACAAAACCAUUGAAGACACAAUGAUCAAUGCUAAGCAGUAUGAGACUGUCAGGAUCGAGUAUGAUGCGUUCCGAGUCGAUCUGGAGGAGCUGAACAUGGGCCCCCGUGAUGCUGUCACCGUGCCCAAACUGGAGCAGGCCCAGAAAGACUUCCAGACUCAGAGGGAGAAGUACGAGAAGCUCCGAGACGACCUGUCAGUCAAAGUCAAGCUGCUGGAGGGGAACAAG